AGAUUACCAAAAGCCAAAACAAGGUUGGCUAUCACGAUCUUUAUAUUGAUAUUUCUAUUCAUAACAGCCAGAUUUUCCUCACACAAACGGUAUGAUGUCAAAGUAAUGCAAGAUAAUGAAGUUAUGGUAGGUGAUAUAGAGCGAUUGUACCAAGAGCAGCAGAUACACGAAUUGAAGCUCAACGACGUCGAUAUUCCAAUUAGUCCGGAAGAAUCUCAUCUACAAGAGAAAAGCAAGAAUGUAUUACUUUCUCAAGCAUUUUGGAACAAGAUAUUUACAAUUAUUUCUGAAGCUAAGGUGAACAUAACAAAGGAUGAUCUUCCCAAAGCUGUCAAGUUUCUCGCCAAGUCUGAGCAGAAAGAAGGUCCCAACACAAAGGAAGUAUUACUUUCCAAAGCUGAAAUAUCAGACGACGUUUUUAAGGAAUUUAAAGAUAAACACGAUCAAUUUUUAGAUGUGUUACCUUUGAAGAUAUCGGAAAGUGCUUACAAGAAAGGAACUAGAGGGGUUGUUAUGGUGGGUGGAGGUCGGUUUUCAUGGCUAUCCUAUCUAUCGUUGAUAGCCCUACGUGAGACAGGAUCACAGCUUCCAGUUGAGAUUGUAAUGCCAAAACUUCAAGAUUACGAGAGAGAAUUGGAGUUUUGCAAUACAAUUUUACCAAAAUUGAAAGCAACUUGCGUUGUUCUACAUGAGACUUUGGGCGAUGAAAUCAUGGAAAAAUGGUCAUCAAACUUUGCUAACUAUCAAUUCAAAUCGUUGUCCCUACUCAUGUCAUCUUUUGAGCAGGUUCUUUUGUUAGACUCCGAUAACAUCAUUCUCUCUAACCCUGAUUCAAUCUUUGAAACCAAGUUAUUCAAAUACUAUGGUAUGAUUACCUGGCCAGAUUAUUGGAAAAGAACUAUAUCUCCCAAAUAUUAUCAGAUUGCUGGAAUCGAUGUGAACGAGAGAAAGAGGGUUAGAUUCAAUCGUUUUCCAUUGAAUGUAGCUACAUCUCCCGGAGAGAAUGUUGACCAUGAAGAUAUGAACAACGUUCCAUUCCAUGACUUAGAAGGAGCAAUGCCAGAUUUGUCUACAGAAUCUGGUCAAUUGAUAAUUGAUAAGUCUAGCCACGGGAGAACGCUAUUGUUGGCAUUAUACUACAAUAUGUAUGGACCCCGGUUGUACUAUAAAUUAUUCUCCUUAGGAGAACAAGGUGAGGGCGAUAAGGAUACCUUUGUAGCAGCUGCAACCGUCACACAUCAAAAAUUUUAUCAGGUUAAAUCUUUCAUUCAAACAUUUGGCUAUCUUGAUUCCGAGGGAAGAUUUCAAGGAGUUGCUAUGGGUCAAAAGGACCCACUUACAGAUUAUGACAAGUUCCAAGAUAAAGCAUUGAAACCUAUAUUUAACGAAGAGAGCAACCCAAAAUCUAUUCCUGAGCAGAUAGACAUACUUCAGGGCGUUAUGGACAACGAUUUUAGCGACAACAAUGGAGUUCCAAUAUUUGCAAUUCAUUGCAACUAUCCAAAGCUAGACCCAUUACAACUACUUGAUAGGGAUGAUCUCUUCGAUAAGGAAAAAAACCGUUUGAGGUAUAGGUUAUACGGUUCAAUGAGUUAUAAGAAAUUCAUAACUACCAGUAGUGGAGAGAGAAAGCUUGCAAAAAUAGAUUUUGAACAUGAACAGUGGACGCACAUGCGGUCUAUUUUAUGUGAAGAAAAAUUACACUUCGUCCAUUUUGACAAACACAAUAUGGACGACAUAUGUAAAUUUAUUAACAACCAAGUUGAAUUUUUAACAGCUGAGUAAUUAAGAAAGACUGUGUAUCAAUUUCAUACUCAGUAUUGAGAAAAAACAUAUGCUUAACUUGACAUAUAAGGGUGAAAUGUAAUAAUUAUGGCAAUAUUUUGACUGUCCAAUACAUUAAGCUUCACCAGAAAAUUAGAGUACUUUCUAUAUAACUUAACCAUAAGCUUUUUAU